AGCCUCGUUGGUUGGUGCUCCUUGGCUGGAAUCUGCAUUCCAGACAGAAACCUGAAGCAAAAGCGGAAGAGUGGUGCUUUCUUUCUUUUUAUUAUGAUUAUUCAGCUUCAAGGGCACCAACGUUAACUGGGACUUCUCAGCAACUAGGAAUCUCCAGAAGUUAAAAGAAGGCUCGUUUGUGUGUGUGUGUGAAGAUUUGGAAACAUUUCUUUCUGCUUGGGAUUUUCCAGCUUUCUGAUCUUGCCUUCCUUCGACGACUUUGCUCGUGGGGUGCCUUUCAAGAAACUUUUGAGGAGUUUUUCUGCUGACGAUUUUCCCCUUGAUUCUCGGGCCGGCAUGAGGAAGUAGCAAACUGCAAGUACCAGCUGUUCUGUUGAGAGAGAGUGAGAAUGAGAGAAAGAGAUCUGUCUUGUUAACUGCUAUUUCUAUUCAGUAAAAAGGCUGAGUGUAGCUGAAAAGAACUAGUAAGCCUUAGUGCAACAGGCGGUGGAGUUUGUAGCAGAUUUGCGUUGACAAAAAAUAGGCCCAUUGUGUAAAUAAUAAGUUGUGACGCUGCUGGGAAGUUUUUAUGGUAUGCAACACGAUGCAAAAUCUUCCCGUUUCGCCUCUGUUCAAGUUGUAAAGUUUGGCUGGAAUGUGCAUUUCAGACCAUUGUUAGAAAGAGCAGCAUGUGAUCUGGUGAAAAACUGCCUCUCUCUGUGGUGUUUUAAUGUAAUAGACUGAAUGAAAGAUGUUCCCUGAGAGUAAUCAUAUAGAAACGAACUGAUAUCUUCUGGGAAUAUAAGAAGUACUACUGUGAUUUGCCCAACAUGGAAGCAAAUCAGACUUCAGACCAUAAUGAGCUUUCCAGUCUAGAGGGGGCAACCGAACCUGAACCAGGCCCAACUCUCUACACAAAAUUUUCUAUGAAAGCCCUUUUUGGAUUUACGGCUAAACUGCAACCAGGCACUUCAAAAGAACAAGCUGUUCUUAAAGGAUUUCGAAAUGUCAGUGAUAUCAGCAGCCAUGCUGACAACCAGGAAGUGAGGAGCAGAAUCAAUGGAGAUGAUUAUCUGGAUGGAGAUCAUCAACUUUCAGAAAUACCACAGGCUGAAAGCCCAAACAAUGCUUAUGAAAUUUCAGAAUCCAGUACUUGCGACAUGUUUGCCCUUGAGGCUGAUGCCACUGCCCCAGUUGACUCAGGAGUGGGUGCCUGGGUGCCAACUGACUUUGAUGCUGAUGCUGCCCUGGGUAACUUUGAGGAUGAUAUUAGCAACCAUGUUGAUUAUGAAGUCUACGGCAGCACACCUGUUGACUUUGCAGACACUACCAUUGUCCCAGAUGACUAUGAGCCUGACAGUUACGGCCCAGAUGACUUGGAACUGCAGGAGCAGAAUGAUCCCUAUCUUUCCCAUUCAGAUUCUCAACACUCUCUUUUGUCUGAAUUUGGCAAACAAAAUGACAAGGAUGCCAUUCUUAUUCAGGGUACUUUGGUUCAUGCAACAAGUGACACAGAAUCAGACAAUGAGCCUACAGAUCUUAACAGUGACGAAAAUAUAGCAAACAGAUCUGUUUUAAAUAGUACUGUGUCUUUGGAGGAAAAUGACCAAAAUAAAGAAGAGCCAGAAACAGAAGGAUAUAGAGAAAUAGAUGGUACUAUAAAUGGAGGUGAAACAGAGCAGAUUCUACCAAGUUCGCAGCUUCAUUCAACAGAAAUGGAUGAUACACUACAUGAAAUUUGUUCAGAAACUGAAACUGCAGCACUGACCAAUGAGAACCAUACAGGCCUGUCUCUCACAGGAGAAGAUACUCAGGGGUUUGUAGAUGAGCAAGGACCUCUUGCAAGCAAUUCCAGCACGGCAUCCAUCCAAAAACCAUCUUUGAAUGAGAAGACCUUUCAGCUUCCUGCUUUUUUCAGUGGGUUACGUGUACGGAAGAAAGGAUUCUCUUCAGAUCAGGAGGAAACUGUCACUGAAAUCAAACAGAAAGACAGCGACUUGGCUAUGCUUAAAUUAAAACAGCCAGUUAAAAAGUCCAGUAUUGCACCUGAUCAGUUAACUAAGAGGAAACCAGCAGAGCCCAAAGCGGCCCCUACCUUUCUAGAACAACUCUCUCAUCUCUUAGGGCCUAAAAGUGAAGAAAAAGAUUCUGGCGAGGUGUCCAGUGAUUCUGGCAUUGGUGAGAAUAGCCAAGAAAGCAAAUCUUCAGUGAGAAAAGCAUCCUCCACCUCUGAAGAGGCAAAACCAAGCCCCGCUGAAUCUGCAUUGGAUGCAUUUAAAGCUUUAUUUACACGCCCUCCCAAAAAAGAGACAACUGCUGAUACUUCAGAGCUAGAAGCGAUAAAACGCAAAAUGAGACAUGAAAAAGAAUCACUGAAGGCAGUAUUUGAAAGGUCUAAAGGUGAUGGAGCAACUGACACAAAACCAACUGAUGCAGUACUUUCCGAUCAGGAUGACAAGACUCCCGGUAGACUGCAGACUAUCUGGCCACCACCCAAAGCAAAGGAUGAAGAAGAGAAAGUAGGAUUAAAAUAUACAGAAGCAGAGUACCAUGCUGCUAUUUUGCACUUAAAGAAGGAGCACAAAAAUGAAGUUGAAAAACUGAAGUCCGAGUUUGAACUCAGGGUCUUUCAUAUUCGAGGAGAGCACGCGUCAUCCAUAGCAAAGCUUGAGGAAGUCAUUGCAAAUUUGGAAAAUGAACUGGAAAAUACAUUAUACAGGAGAAGCGAGGAAGCAAAGGAUGCCUGUGUAUCGACUGAAGAUGAUCACCCACCAAAGACAUACAGAACUGUAUGUAUACAAACUGACAGAGAAACUUUUAUAAAGCCAAGUGAAGAUGAAAGCCGGACAGUCAAAAAUAACCAAACAAUACCUAAAAAGCUGACUAUACCUUGUUUGAAUAAUAGUGUUUCGCUCACAUCGGACAAUAAUGGCCAUGCCUCAGGGAGUGCUGUAUCUCAGAUGUUUCCACCACCACCGCCACCACCACCACCUCUUCCUGGUUCAAUCCCUCCACCCCCAACAUUAUCACCAGGCAUGGGAUCUCCCCAUCCUCCUCCUCCUCCUCCUCCACUUCCUGCAGCUUUUGCAGGUCAGUUACCACCUCCUCCUCCACCUCCCCCACCAGGAUUUUCUCCAUCAGGAGCAGGUCCUCCUCCUCCACCACCACCACCACCACCUCCUGGAUCCAGUUUCCUUUUCAGCAGCACAUUGUCAUCAAGCCAAGGUCCUCGAAAGCCUGCCAUCGAACCUGCCUGUCCUAUGAAGCCACUUUAUUGGACCAGAAUACAAAUACAAGACAGCAGUCAAAACACGGCACCAACUCUGUGGGAUUCUUUGGAAGAGCCUGACAUAUGUGAUGCCAGUGAAUUUGAAUACUUAUUCUCCAAAGAAACAGCUCAGGAAAAGAAAAAGCCAUUAGCAGAGUCUUAUGAAAAGAAAACAAAAGCCAAAAAGAUUAUCAAACUGUUGGAUGGAAAGAGAUCUCAGACUGUAGGAAUUUUGAUUUCCAGUUUACAUUUGGAGAUGAAGGACAUACAACAAGCUAUACUAAAUGUGGAUCAUUCCAUCGUCGACUUGGAAACGCUGGAAGCACUGUAUGAGAACAGAGCGCAGAAGGAUGAACUGGAGAAAAUAAAGCAGCAUUAUGACACUUCAAAAGAAGAAGAAGUGAAGCUUCUUGAUAAACCAGAACAGUUUCUAUAUGAGUUAUCCCAGAUCUCCAAUUUCGCAGAACGUGCUCGAUGUAUAAUCUUUCAGUCUGUCUUCAAUGAAGGAAUAACUGCAGUCCAUCGUAAAGCUGAUAUUAUUAACCGUGUUUCUAAGGAUUUGCUGGAUAUAAAAAGUGUGAAAGACAUUUUAGGAUUGAUCCUGGCUUUUGGAAAUUACAUGAAUGGAGGGAACAGGACGCGUGGUCAAGCAGAUGGGUUUGGUUUGGAAAUACUUCCCAAACUAAAGGAUGUUAAAAGUAGAGAUACUAAUAUCAGCCUUGUGGACUAUGUUGUGAUAUAUUACCUACGCCAUUGUGACAAGGAUGCGGGAACAGAAAGGAGUGUGUUUCCUCUACCAGAACCGCAGGAUUUCUUCCAAGCAUCGCAAGUUAAGUUUGAAGACCUAAUAAAAGACUUGAGAAAACUGAAGAGAGAUCUAGAAGUUUGUGAAAAACAGAUGAAAGUGGUUUUCAGAGACUCACCAGAAGAACAUCUCCAGCCCUUUAAGGAUAAAAUGGAAGCUUUUUUCCUGGAAGCUGUAGAAGAACAUAAGACAGUGGAGAGUCAUUUGGAGAAUGUGCAGAAGUGCUUUGAAGAAUUGGUGGGAUACUUCGGGAUAAAACCAAAGUCUGGCGAGAAGGAGACCACGCCAAACUACGUUUUCACGGUGUGGUAUGAGUUCUGCAGCGACUUUAAGGCCAUUUGGAAACGAGAGAGCAAAAACAUUUCCAAAGAAAGACUCAAAAUGGCUCAACAAACAGUGAACAAGUUAACUGCAGAAAAGAAAGUGGAAACAAAGAAAAUCAACCCUACUGCCAGCCUGAAAGAGAGGCUACGUCAGAAGGAAGCCAGUGCGACCACCAACUGAAAGAAGACACAUGAACAUAAUCGCAGUGUGACUUAAUACCUUGCAUGAUGCUUCCCUCUGCCCAUUCCCUAGAGAGCACCUUAUUUUAGAUGUUAGGAAGUUCUGCUUUGCUGUUCUCUUCCUCAGACAAUCCUCAAAAGACUUCUGAAUCCCUUGGCUUGUGCAGAAGAGGGAACAAUAAGAAGUUUGUUUACAUGGGAAUUAUGAAGAGUUCUAUGUAACUCUUCCUUAUGUGGCUUAAAUGCAGUUCUUUUCUUAAAAGUUGUUUGAAGUACUCUAUGCAAAAUGCACUAAUGUAAAAGACAGCAAAAGCAGGGUUUUAGACAGUGAAUUAAAUAGCUUUUAUGCCAGCUGUGCAGGAUGGCUCAUGUGCUGGUAGACCGUAAUAUUUACUAAGUCAAUGUCUGUUUAAAAUGAUUUUGAUGGUAUCCAAAGGAUUAACUUUACCUUCUUGCAAAUGGUGGAAGUUAAGUGUAUCAAAUGUAUUCUGUAUUUUAUUACGAUUAUUUUUAUAGGAACCCCAAUCAAUGCCAUGGAAGUAGAAAUACUGUUUUUGCACAUGUGGAGAAAGAAAUCUCAUAUAUAUAUAUAUGAAUAAGGUAUAUAUAUACUUGAAUAAGGCCUAGAUAAUGUAACUGCUACAUUCAUUAACGUUUGGUGUUUUGUUCAUACUAUAUUCUUCAUUUGUCUGAUGGGAAAAUGAAUACCUUCUGUAUCAACAUGAGGUCAGAUUAGCAAUAUUCAAUAAUGCUUUAUUUAUAGUUGGUCUUCUAGCUGUAGAACACGCAUUUCCAUUAUUUAUCAUUAAUCUAUACCAAAGCCUAUAUUCUUUCAUAGUCAGCAUUUUGGUGAAACUGAUUUUAGAACAUGUUUACAUUUUCCCGUACAUACGUGCAUGUGUGUGAGAGAAAGAUCAUUUACAGACAUAUGUGCGCUCUUGAACAUACAUUAUUCAUACACUCUGCUCCAUAGACUUUGAAUAGAAAUACCUCAUUGCUCUCCCAUUGAGGUACUGUAAGUGACUCAUGUGAAGUGCCAUUUAGAAUCUCUGUCAGGUAUGUCAGGAUCUCUCCCCUCUAGGCUGUAGUUGAGAGAGCUUACAGAAUCACACCCUUAAAAUUAAAGAGCAGUCCUUGCAAUGGAAAAAUUAUGUAAAAUAAAAUGCUGUAUAUCAUAAAUACUUAAACACAGGCUAACAGAUGGUUGCCACAACAACUAAAGAGUGUACCAAGAGGGAGAUGAACAGGGGUUCUGGGUCCUAGAGGACACUUGUAAUAAAGUAUGAUAAGGGAGUCUGGUAAAUUAAAUUGAGAAAAGAGUGUGGAAGAAAGGGAAACUUUGUCACCUACAGGACAAAUGCAGGAGAAUCAUAUUUCGUAAUAGGCCUAGGCAAAGUGCCACAAUUGAAUUAAUCAUUUAUCUUAAAAAAUAACUUUUAAUUUCUUAUUAUCAGAAGUUAAUGUAACUGUAUGAACAACCUAUUUGAAAGAUUUAAUAUGAAACAUGCUAUUUAUCUUACACAAUUCAAGGGCGAGGUUCUCAGACAGCACAUAUUAUGUCUCCUAUUGGUAUAAAAUGUCAUUGAAAUUUAGUUAGUAUCCUAAAUAUUGAGACAUUAGAAUGCAGUUAAUGAACUUAUCUUUUCCCUUUUAAUGUAAACAUUUAUCAUUUAUAGCCCUACAAUUUGCUAUGCUGAAGGAAACAUAAUUCUUAAAACAAUUGAAAGUGUUUGUAUGAAGUACAGGAACAGGAAAAUUACAGCAUCUUUAGAAAUUCAGACCAAAGUAGCAAUACAGUCUAGAAAAGCCAAAGAGUAGGGCAACAGUAGUCAGACCAUGAUGAUCAAACCCAGCCAGAUGGGUGGGGUAUAAAUAAUAAAUUAUUAUUAUUAUUACAAAAUCCUGUGGAGGUUUAGUGACAUGCUUCUGAUCAAGUAUAUGUGUGUGUGUGUUAUAAUGGAGCUAUGCAGUUGAAAUGUAAGGGCAUUUUGUGGUUUGUAACUCACAAUUUAAAGCUUAGCAGCAGCCACACUACAAUUAAUUCAACUGACAUUGAUCUUAAUUGAUGUAUUCUUUCACAAGCAGUGUAAUGUCAAUACUCACAAGAGACUUGAGAUCUUUAAUGCUACUGGCAGAACGUAAAAGCCACAUGCUAGCAGUAUGAAGGCACAACUGCCACUGGCAAGUAUUAUCAUUUUUUUCAGAAAAUGAAUGAGUGAAAUUUACCCAUGACUGAACUGGUCCAAAUCACAGUGGAUUGGUAGACAGUACUUUACCACAGGAUGUUGCAAGAGCUGAGUUAUAUGCAUAGGGAAGUUGCGGGCGGGGGAAGCAAAUAAGGGAUGUAAGCCGCUGGAUCUUGGGAGACGCCUUUAUUGGGGACAGGUGGGCACUCAAGCUAAUAUUGAUAUCCAAAAGCACUUUUAAAUCCCCUGACUCCAUCUGAAGUGAUCUAAGAGACGCUUAAUUCGCCCACUGAAAGCAACGAGACUUAAAACUCUCUUUGUGCUCUGCAGUUACUUUCACCGGCUCACAUUGUUAAGAGGAAAGCUUGGAGAAUGUGGCUGGAGGCACUAGGCCACGCAUAGGCAAACUCGGCCCUCCAGCUGUUUUGGGACUACAACUCCCAUCAUCCCUAGCUAACAGGACUAGU